AUGAUGUGGGUCGUACGUGGAAGGGAAUAUGGGGUGCAGAGUGCUUGGAAGACAAGCGCAUCGGAACCUUCGCCUAGUGGACAGUCUCUAAACUGCUUAUGUAAUGCCUGGUGCAGCCCAGAGGUAUGUGAAGGCGAACGGUUGGCAAUGGACGACACCCGCGACGAAGUGGAGUGUCUGUCACAUGGCGGCAAUUUGGUCGGAACUUCAGGCGAAUUGACGACGAUGUCGCUCGUCGUUCUGCCAAUAAGUUACGUCUGCCUCGGCGCGUGA